AUUGUUUUCAAUAAUAUUUUUGUUUUAUAUGUAAAAAUCAUUUUAAGAUUAUGUCCGGCCAAACCGAUAUUUUGUAUAAAGAUCUCACUUUAGUUUGCCGCGGAUGUCUCGAGACAACGCGCGAAAUGAAGAAUAUGAUUGAAUUUGGUCUUGAUGAGGAUUUUCAUAAGCUGACGAAUAUCAAGAUAAACAAAGCGGAUAAUUUGUCAAAAUUGAUCUGUUCGGAAUGCGAGAAUGUUAUCUUGAGGUGUAAAAAUUUCCAGGAGCAAUGCAGUCAAUCGGAUUUUAUACUGAACGUGGUUUCUAAGAAACAAUCUCUCGAUUCUGCAAACGAUACAAAAUCCUUUGACGAUAAUCCUUCACGGAAUACAAUAAAAUACUUCGAGCACGAUAAAAAGUUAGUCAUAAAAGUAAAGGCUCCGGAUCCAGACGCGAAAAUAACAUAUCACUGCCCCCAAAACUGUCCAGAGAGAUUUAAAAAGAAGACGGAUCUUCUACAGCAUCUAAUCAGACGUCACGAGAUCGAAACGGAUUUCGUUAUCGACGUGGAAUACUACUGCUCAUUCUCGAGCUGUCAGUAUCACGUUGAAUCGACUACCGGUAAACACUUCACCGGCAGGAAGUACCUGAAUCAGCACAUGUCGAAAGUGCACAGAGAAAAAGUUGUAUGUCAGAAUUGUUUAUUGAACUUUCCGUGCGGUACGGAGUUCAAUCGUCAUUUGAAGGAUUGUUCGUUGUCGCACGAAUGUAAAGUGUGUGAUCGGGAAUUUAAGACGAACGAACGUUUGCUCGUCCAUUUGUUAAGAAAACAUCCGACGCUGCAUAAGAAGUACAAGAUGGAACGGAAAAACUUUAAGAGGAAAUUCCAGGAUAUCGAUAUUGAUAAGUUCAGGGAACAGGAGAAUGUUCCAGACUACGCCUGCGAUAGUCCAACGAGGUCGUUUGCGACACAGACGUUGAAAUUGGACGAUAAUAUCAGGAACGACGUCGCGUUACCAUCUUGGCAGCCGGAACCGACGAGGAAAGAUGAAAUAUCUACACAGACGGUUUUCGAAGAUUUACUGUCACUGAAAUCCCAAACGAGCGAAGAUGAUUCCAUAUUUUACUCGGAAACAGUGUCCCUGUCUGAUAUACAAACUCAAACUCUGCCACUGGAAUUUGGUCUGAGUCGGUCGAAUAAGGAAACGAUUACGUCGGAAACUCAAUCUCCUGAUUUGAGUAUAAAGGAAACUCAAACGUGUUUCUGUUUGUACGAUACACUCAAACCGAAUUUCAGAUGUGCCGAUCUCAUGUCGAACACGGGUUCGUUUUGUACGACUGAAACUCAAACGCUCAAACUCGAAUCUGACUUGCUCAGCUUCUCGUCGGCCGAAACUCAAACUUGCUUUGAAGAUUCAAGUAAAGACUUUUGACAGUGGUUUUAAAUCAUG